GGCUACGAGGGCAAGUGCGUGUUCUGCAGGAUCGCCCGCCGCGAGGAGCCGCGCACCGCGCUGCUGCCCUGCCAGUACGAAGACCUGGUUUGUUUCAGAGAUAUCAAACCUGAUGCACCCCACCACUACCUGGUGGUGCCCGUGGAGCACGUGAGAAACUGCAAGACACUGAAGAAAGAGCACAUACCUCUAGUGAAGAAAAUGAUGGAAGUAGGAAAAAAUGUCCUGCAACAUAAUAAUUUUAAUGACAUGAAUGAUGUAAGAAUGGGAUUUCACUGGCCUCCGUUCUGCUCAAUAGCCCACUUGCAUCUUCACGUCUUGGCUCCAGCCAGUCAGCUAGGAUUCUUGGCCAGGCUGCUUUACAGAGUCAAUUCUUACUGGUUUAUCACGGCUGAACAACUGAUUGAGCGACUGCAAACAGAAAAUGACACCAGCUGAAAGCCCAACGAGCUCUGAGUCACCAACAAAUUUGGUUCUUUGUCUAUGGCUUCUGAUUGAAGGUUGCACGGUUUGAUGUUAGUAAUAAUAUACCAGGAUAAAAAGACUUUAAUUCUUUAUAAAGAAACACACAGAAUUUGUAACUGCCAACAAGUUGCAGUCUGUGUACCUAAGACGUCCAUGCACUUCUCUGAUGGUGAGGCAAUGUAUUUUWAUGACAGUUUUUUAUUUCUAUAGAUGAAGUAUACAUACAGGUACAUAUACAUACAUGUAUGUAUAUAUAUACACACAUACAUGCAGCCUACUUUUCCUAGUAAAUUGUAGAAUGUAUUUGCAACUAAGGAAACAACAGUUACCCCUAAUACAUGAUACCAAAAGGAAUGUUUGCUGUGGAACCUAGAUUUUUAAUUUAAAAAAUACUUUGUUCUGGGAUUGCAAGUAACGUUUAAGACAUAAACUUUCCAUCCUUUCUGUACUUUUCUGUCCUUUUUUUAGUUAUGCAUAGUUAUUGGUAAAUACAUUGCAAAAGCACCAUUUUUCUGGUUGCUAAACCACUUUAGUAUAUUACCUCUCUUACCUGCAUGACGGUGACAUCAUAAAUGUUAAUACRAUAUGUGUCUGAGAUGUGUUGAUGAUAAUAUAGAAUAUAAUUUAAAUGUGCAUAUAAGCAUUUAUAUGUUGGACUUAAAAGACUAUUUCCCUUCUUAUCUGCACAGUAUUUUAAAUUAGCUACUGUAUGUUUCUGAAGAGUGUGAAGAGUUCAGAUAAAUGAUUUAAUAUAUGACAAUAUAAGAGGGAAAUCAAAUUUUGAGAUUAUGCUGACAAUGCUCUUACUGAAAGUCACUUGGAGUGUACUAAUAUCUUGGCUAAAUUUGAUUUUCUAAAUGAAGUCACAAGAGAAUGGGUCUUUCGUGCAGUGAGUAUGUGCAGUCUUGCAUAAUAGCAGUCAUCUGAUUUGAACAUGGACUAGCAGAAACUCAGCCCAAAACUGUGACACGUAUGAAUUGUGUUCUGAAUUGUUUAAGGAGCUUGCCAGUGYGUGGCUUUACUGUGAUUCUAACCAGUAGUGUGAGUGCUGUGGUUUUCAAUACUGUUUUAAGGCAGACUGUUAGCAAAGCAGAAGUUCCAGAAAAGAGAGAGUGGAAUUAUUUGCUCACAGGGUGUAUCUCUCAGUGCCUAAUUAAACAAGUGUCCUUAGCUGAUACUUGUAGCUAAGGUGACGAUGUUCUGCAGCACCUGCAAGCUUCCCUGAACCUCCUCUUCUCAGUGGUUUCCACUGAUCCAGCACUGUUGCCUUAGUGGGUACAAUGUAUUGUAGUAUUCAUUCAGUAAAUGAUACACAGUAUUUCAGAAACUUGACCCCAUUCUAAGCACCAACAUUUUCUCUCCAGAAGUUUACAUCUUUCCUUUCCUCAAGACCUUCUUCCUAAURUUUUUGUGUUUUUAUAGGU